UUAUUAUUUCUAAAGUAUCUCUCUCUCUCUCUCUCUGCAUAAAUUAAGAUGGGCGAUCAUCAAAUAUUCUUAGCAGACAUGGAAAAUUACAAACAGUCUUUCUCUUUAGCUGAUAUCGAAUCGAGUAGCUAUUCUCCAAUAAAUCCAAUUUAUCAACACUCUUCUUCAAGCCUCAUUUCACUUCCCUUUCACAAUCAAUAUUUACCACAAUCAUUCAACAAUAUUGAUCAUGCACACACCAAGAGGAAAUCAACUACUUCGCCUCAGCUUUCUGAUAAUGGAACAAGCAGCAAAAAUAGUGUAGAGAGAGGGAAGAAAUUGAAACGCGAAGAGACGAAAGAGGGGAAGACAGCGGAAGUUGUUCAUGUUAGAGCUAAGAGAGGCCAAGCAACUCAUAGUCACAGUUUAGCAGAGAGAGUAAGAAGAGAGAAAAUCAAUGAGAGGCUAAGAUGCUUACAAGACAUUGUACCAGGAUGCUACAAAAGCAUGGGAAUGGCAGUGAUGUUGGAUGAGAUCAUAAAUUAUGUGCAGUCCUUGCAAAAUCAAGUAGAGUUUCUUUCCAUGAAGCUCACGGCGGCGAGUGCGUUUCACGACUUCAACUCCGACGAAGAUGCCUUGGAGAUAAUGCAGAGAGCAAAGUUACAUAAUGGAGUCAGCUCUGAACCUCCUUCUGCACAGUUUGCUCCAAUAGGCUUCAACUUUGAAUAUUGCCCUCAAUUUCCGCACAACACAUGAAAAUAUAUUACAAUAAUUGAUUCCCACUUUUUCUUUUCUCAAUUCAAUUUGCACAAAUCAAGUCCAGAUAUGGCAUAAGAAAUGCACAAGCCAACAAGAAAUAUACUCAAUUGUAUCCAUUUCAUACACAUGAUUUAAAGAAUUUUUUUAACUAUCUAUAUACGAUAUGACAUCGCAUUUCAUCAUCA